CUCAAGUCCAACCUCCCCUCGUCUCUUCUUUCCAUACAAUUAUCGUCUUCACCCUUACCCAACAAUCUACCACCCACCUCUCUGCCACUUAUCUCCUGUUGUUUCGCAUCACCCUUUCCAACAUGCCAUCACUUCGAAGCCAGCGCUCGGCGGCGGUGAGGACCUCAGGGGCAAUUGCUGAUGGUGCAACGGAUAGAACAUCACGGUCGCGUCGUACGGCAUCGGACAAUCUGGCUACCGCCACCGUCUCACGUGGGCCUCCUACAGCUGCGUCGAGGAGUCCUCAGUCAAUGCGGCUCACGGUAAAGGCAUCAUCCAACAAACUACGUGAGGCCACUCGUACAAGUUCAGGGACCAUCUCAGUGAAUGGUCGAGAUCACUUUGUCGGCGGUGAAAUUCUCGAGGGGAAGAGAGCGAGGAAUGUCAAGAGUAGCUAUGUCCUGGAUUCGGAUAGCGAGGACGAGGAAGAGGACGAGGACGAGGAGAUGGACGAUGUAGUUGAAGAUGAUGCAGAGGGUGAUGAAGACGACGAAGAGAUGGAGGAGGACGAUGGACUUGGAGAUGAAGAUGCGGACGCUGACGUCGAUAUGGACAUUGCGCCUCCGCCAUCAACGAUUAAAGUUUCCAAAUCCCAACCUAAAAAGCAAACAAUUGCGGCAAAACAGCCAGCAAAAGCCCACACCAUGAGUGUUGAGCAGAAGGAAGUGGAGAUGGCGAGCGACGAUGAGGAGUUGAGUGAGCUCGAUAGCGAUGUUGGGGAAGAAAUCGAGGAAGAAGAAGCAAUGCAAACUGGAAAUGAGGAAGAUGCGGAGGGCGAGGAGGAAGAACUCGAGGUUGAAGCCGAGGACGAUGAGGACGACCUUGACAGUGACGAUGAGACCCCAGGUGGUGGCAGCAGAGCUUCAACCCCGGAUCUCAACAAAUUGACCAAGAGGCAACGGGCAAGAUUGGAGGAAGGCGGCAGCGGGCAUUUAUUGGCACUUCCUGAUGAGGUUCAAGUCAAGAAGCAUCUAACAGCAGAAGAACACGCCAUGAGGCGCGCGGAGAUGGCGCGCCGAAGAAAGAACUUGAGCGAAAAGCGCAACGAAGAAGAAAAGAUGGAAACCAUCAACAAACUCCUCAAGAAACAAGCACCCAAGACCAAUGCCCGGCGAAAGGACUUCAAUCCCACCGCUGCUGAUACAACGCCCGAUGCCGAAAGCCAGAAACCGAACCCCCUGUUCGUAAGAUGGGUUAGUAACAAAGACGGAAACCGCAUUGGUGUUCCUGAGGAGUGGUUGGAGAGUCCAGUCGGCGCCAUGUUCCACGGCGGAGUGAAGCGGUCCAGCGGCGCCGCCGGGAUGGGCGGGAAGCUGAUCCAAGAGGUCUCCUAAUUGUCGAUUCUGAGCAUGCGAGCUACGUCGUAUGUACAAGGAGGCGUAAGAGAGGAACCUAAAAAAUGGCAAGAAUAAAUAGCAAUCGUCCACAUAGCUGAAUCCGAAGU